GCAGGGAAAGAAAUCUGUCCAAUGACGCUUCACCAAGGUGAUUUUACUUCCUGGUUGAGCGCCCAUGCUUGUUGUGGAGUGCUCCGGUACACGUUUCUUUCUCCCUACAAGACUUAAUCAUUAUCAUGGCCAAAGACAAAUCUUUGAAAUCAAAUCCUCCCAAAAGGAAGAAAUUGAGUUCAAACGACAGUGAAGAUCAUGUGGAAGAAAUGACGGACAACAAAGAUAAAAAGAAAAGGAAACGGAUGGAUGUAGAGGAGGCUCCAGUACAGAUCCCUGAAGAAACAAUUGCAGCAGAUGAUGAAAAACCGAAAAAAGACAAGAAACGCAAAAGGAAACAAUUGACAGAGCAAACACAGAAGACAAAACAAACUGAGAUUUCAGAUCCACCCAGUCACCCUGCAGGGACACAUGAGCAAGAGGGAGAGGAGGGAGAGGAGGACUUGAGUCCCGAGGAGCGGCGGGUCCUGGAGAGAAAGAUGAAGAAGAUCCUAAAAAAGGAGGAGAAGAAGAGGCUUAAAGAUGAGGGGAAGACCGCACAGAAAGCUGAGGCACCUGGACCCACUGCGUCUCAGCUGGCGUUAGAUUACCUCACCUGCUGGGCUGAAAAUCGCACAGAGUGGAAGUUCCAGAAGACCAGGCAGACGUGGUUACUGCAGCAUAUGUUUGACUCCGAAAUGGUUCCAGAUGAGAAGUUCUCCAUAUUGCUCCAGUACCUGGAGGGGCUACGUGGAGGAGCCAAGGACACCACAGUGCAGAAAGCCUUAGUACUGGUCCAAGAGUCAGGACAAGCACCAGAGGACAGAGUUGUCCAGCAGAGGGCGCACAGAGCCAGAGAAGUUAUCCAACUGCUCUCCUGACCUUCCAGCAUGUAGGAAGACCUCACAUUCACCAGAAAAAGACUGAAACAUCAGUGGACUGAAAGUUUGCCCUGAUCGCAAGCUUGAACUGAAAUUGUUGUUUUAUAUGUUGUUUUUUGGAUUGGUUCAUAGGGAUAGGAGAGGUUUUGAUGAUAUCACCAGUGUCAGACAUGUCUUUUGUAUGUACAUGUGUCUUUUUCUCCUCCAUAGAUUGACAAUAAUCAUGUGUGUAUUGUUGCAGUCUUAUCCCGAAAACAACAAAACAUAAAAAAAUCUGAAAAGUAUCAUUUCUUUUACAAGUUACACCAGCAGCACAGGAGUGCAAUUGUUGAUUUUCAUAACUUUCUCCAUCUCUAAACAUUAAGAAUUCAGAAGUCAACGGCCAGUUUCACCAGUAUGGACAGAUGAGGAGACAUAUAAUUCCCCACAGAUGAAACAGAAAGCUGAGAGACUGUUGCAGUUAAAAGUCUCAGGAAUGUUUGUACUCAAGACAUGUUUGUGCGUGUCAAGGCCCAUAAUCUGUGAAGUCACUGAUGAGAAUAACUUUUCUCAUACACUCAAGGUUAUAAUCAUGAUAAAAAACCUUUUGGUUUUGUCACAAAAACUCAUUCCAACUGAAUAGUUUAUGAUCCAUACUUGUGUGUGUUAGAUAUGUGUUUCUCUACUUCUUUUUUGGAUUAAUGUAUCCCAUGUAACUCAUUCUCAAAUUAAAUCUGACUCAUUAUGUG